GCAUAUUUUUUUCGGCCAUUUCCGGUUGUGUUUUACAGACGCUUCGUGUCUGUCCGAAGUUAUCGCCGUUUUUUGUUCGUGGCUUCGACUAAAUCGCGUUUAUGAAAGGAUAAGCAGUAUUCGGCCGAAACGUAGUUCUCGUUUUAUAAUACGUGUGUGUUGGUGAUAAUUUGGUAGUAAUGAGGAAUUGCUCGGUAACGUAUCCAAUCGAAGGAAAAACCUGGCGGUUGUGUAAAUAGCGCGUAGUGGUAACUGCGCGUAUGUUAUGCGCAUUCGCGGACAGAUGAGCGCGGGAUCGUGAUACCCAGACGCGAGGGGAACUGUAACACGGGUGGCUUACGCUGGGUAGUACUGUUUUAAUGGAGUUUACACGAAGUGUGUCGUGUAACGUGUAAUACAACGUUCUUGGCGCAUCGAUCGUCGUACGUAUAACGAGUGCUCGGUCCCAAAGGGGCCGCACAAUGGACGAUGCAAAUGUUAAUGGCGGGAACGCCGAUGAGGCGCGCGAGAAUCCUAACCUCGAAACUGGCAGUAUGCCGGAAUUACAAGAGACGCAAGAUAAUGUGGAAACAACCGCUAAAAUAGACGGUCAAGAAGUGAAUGGAGACAUAAAAGGCUCUUCAAAAAAGUCACCGAUCGUUAGGAGAAAGAUGCGUAAGUUCAAGGCCAAUUCAACCAGCACCAUCGAAAGCGAUACACCGUUGGACACAAAAGGACGCAAGCGUAAGCUCUCGGAACCCGAUGAUGCUAGUUCCGACGAAUCCAUGGAAGUCUAUGGAUUCGAUGUACAAGAAGCUAAGAAUGUUCAACUAAGAAUUCAUAUCCUGAGAAAACUAAUUGCCGAAGCUGAGACGGAAACUCAAUUGGCCAAGCGAAAUAAAUAUAGUAUAAAAAGGAAUUUCGAUGGAAGGAAAGAUGAUCAUGAUUCAGAUGAUGGUAAAAUGCAUCAUUACGAUACGGAACAUAUAUUAGAUGUAGAAAUAAUAAAAAAGGAAAAAGAAUCUGAUAAAUCAGAAACAGAUUCAAUUGGAAUACCAAAUACUAUGGAGUUUGAAUCGGAAGUACAAAAAUCAGAGGACGCUAUGAUAAAAUCGACAAAUUCAUCGGCUGGCAGUAGUCGGCAGAAAGCGGCUGUCGAUAUUACGAAUCCUGCAUUCAAAGAACCUUUUAAAUAUGGGUGGAAGAGAGAGUUAGUAUUUAGAGCAAGUACUGAUUCGAGCCUGAAAAGAAUGGCUGAUAUUUAUUAUUAUACACCAAAGGGCAAGAAAGUUCGAAGUUUUAGAGAAGUUGCGGAAUUUCUUAAUACAAAGGAGUUGACUAUUGAUAAUUUUACAUUUUUCAAAGAACCAGUUGGCAUCGACGAUCCUGAGAAGGAAAUUAUCCGAGAUGCGAAAAGAAUGAGAGGAUCCAUGGGACCGAGUACUGUGUCGCCUCGAAAAAAUGUUCCAUAUAAGAAAAGUACACCUGGAAGAAGGGCUGUGGCAGAAUCACCCGCUUCUGCGCCUGCACCUGUACCUACUAAAGUUGCUUCUAAAUCGCCGAAAGCGGCGUCAACGGGAUUUAAAGUUAAAGUGCCUGCAAAGAGAACUCCACAAAUAACAGAAAUAAAGCCGUCUUUCGAAGAAAGCGAGAUGCUUCCACCGCAACGGACCACAAGCACAAGAAGAAGCCAGCAAUUGGUUGAAAAACCACCACCUCCUAAACCUAAAAGAAAACUAACGACCAAAGUUCAAGAACCGUGCAGUAUAAGGUGCUCGACAAGUAUGGGGUUGAUACCAAGCUUACAAUGUAGUGUGUGUCUCUGUUUAUAUCAUCCGGAAUGUGUUGGUGGUGUGGAAUUUGCAGGCAGUGACAAUUAUAUUUGUAAGAAUUGUCAGCAGGAUACUAGUGAAUCUCAACAAUCUCAAACAAAUCCAACUUUGACACCCCCUCCGUUAAUACCGAUUAGUAUGCUAGGCACGCAAGGUGCAAAGUCGAAACAUCACGUUACUCUAACUCCACCAAAACUUCAAAGAAUUCCAAAAUCUGACAAUCCAGACUCGCAAUCUCGAAACGGUGCUAAAGUUUCAAAAGCAUCGUCGGCAACGUCAUAUUCUUCAUUGAAUUCAGAUAAAAAAGAAGGCAACUGGUUUGCGCAAGCGGAACAUGAAUUUUUACAAAGUCACGAUGGCGUUUUGCCACGACCAGCGCAAAAUAUUGCUCUAAUGGGAGGUAAAAAAUACAUUGUUGUGCCAAAAAAUAAUGCUAUGGCUGUACAGCCGGCAAUAACAGUGAAGCCUGAUAAAAUUGGUGAUAAACCUCCGAUACUCCAGGAUGGUUCACUCACCGAUAUAUCGAACACUGUCGAUAAUUCUAUACUCACAAAAACACGGGUUUCUUUGUCAACGAAAUCUUUGGGAAACGAUAGUAUUGAUGAAUCAACUGAUAAAGGUGCAUCAAAAGAUACAUCUCAUGCAGAACGUACUCUAUGCUCCCUAGAGAGGGAAACGAAAGGAACAUGUAAUAACAGUGAUAGAACAGAUACGUCGACUGUAAACGGAUCGGAAAAUGAUUCGGCCAAUUUAAGGACAGAUCUUGCAUUAGAAAGCAUUAAAUCAAUAACGAGUAAUAAAUCACCUGAACGAAUGGCUGUAAUAAAUAAUUCGAAUACGAUUAGUACAAAUAAUGAUCCGCUUAAAGCAGAUUCACGUCAAUCUAUAACAAGUAGUUUGGGUACCAUUAAAAUAAGUAGCAAAAGGAAACAACAUCAUCAGGAAACGGAACAACAACCACAUUUUAUGGAUUCAGUAUCUGCUGGUUAUCAUGCUUUGCUACGUAUUUUUCAAUAUCUUAAGGUUCAAGAAUUGCUUCGAGCUGCGAGAGUGUGUAAGAUGUGGCGAGACUUAGCUGCGCAUCCCUCUUUAUGGAAGACUGUGCGAAUGAAAAACAGUCAAGUCACAGACUGGGAUGGUCUAGCAGACACUUUACAAAGGCGCGGCACUCAACACUUAGAUCUACGAAAAAUGCUCGUAGCUGGAGAAUCAGAUAGCAUUUGGAAAAAGUUCUUAUUGGUAAUACCACGUGUAACUAGUCUCGUCAAGCUAGAGCUAUGUAGAUGUCCCGUGAUGGUAGUCGAGGAAGUCAUCAAGGGCUGUCCUCAAUUAGAAGUGUUGAGUGCAAUGUCGAUAAAAUGCGAUACUUUGAAUUUGGAAUCGGUUGGGAAUCUUAAACGUUGCCAAGAAUUGAGGCUCAAGGCAAUUAGCGGAAUGUCUCUGCAAGAAGAUCUCACACCUUUACACGAAUUAACACAAUUGUCACAACUCAGUUUAACAUCAGUUAAGGAACUUGGAAAGAAGAAAAUCGAUAUUAUACAAACUCUAGUAAAUUUGGAGACAUUAGAAUUAGGAGAGUGCUCUGAUUUCCCAGAUAAAUUUGGUACUACAGUUUUAAUAAAGUUACAAAAGCUAGAACGGCUUAGGCUUGAAAAAGGUCAAGGUUCGUGUUGUACAUUUGAUAUUUUGGAUGGUGUAUCUAAAUUGCAAAAUUUGAGUCAAAUGGAAUUGGUCAACUUUGACGUGAAAAACGGCUUUGACAAAUGUCUUGCGAAUUGUAAGAAUAUUAAAAGGUUGUUAAUAAUACCAACUUACAUAUCUCAAUCUGCAACAUCCAACAACAUGGUGCUUGGCGGCGUUACAGAAUUGUCAAAUAAUUUGACACAUUUUGUAUGGGGUGUUACACUCGAGUUACUUAGGGUUACAGAACUAUUUGUUGAUCAGUGUAACUUAAUGAAUAAACAAGUUACCGGUGAUUCGAUACCAGUCUUGAAACCAGUACCUUGUUUAAAAUUAAUCGAGGAUGUCGGGGAUGAGAAUGACAAUCAGAAAGGUGACGAUAAACAACAACCAAAUUUAACAAAUCCUCAAGUGGAUAUAUUGCCAUUGCCACAACUUCAAAAACUUUUACUAACCGCAUUGCCUAAGACGCGCGUUAAAAUUUUGAAGAUUCCUUUCCAUGCUACAUGGCGGCAAAGCAUUUCAGAUACUGCUACGCAAUAGAACAUAUGUAAUAAACUGUACAAAUACAUAUACUACGAGGGAAGAAAAUUACUUGAUAUAAGAAAAUUAGAAAUUUUAUAAAUUUGACUCCACAUGUCUGCACAACUAAUUGUAAAUUUGGUGAAAAGUAAUUUAAUAUUUAUGUUCUACGUGUUUUAUAGUCUUCAGUUCCCCUUGAAUAGUGUAUCGAUAAACUCUACAGUAAUCACAAAUACUGUUUCUAUUAAAGCGUUUAAUUACAAAAAGAAAUGAAGAAACAGGGGACCAUAAAGAACAAAUUUUACGAAAGUUGGUAUCCUUGUGUUGAAUCGUUCGAAAAAUGAAAGACAAAUUUUGUAGGCUGCGACAGUUUCAAUGUAUGGUCCACGGAUUAUUUGGUAUACUGUAACGUGUAUCCGUGUAAAGAGAAAUGCCUGAAUUUCGAAAAAGAUGUAUAUGUUUAUUAGAGUAAUUCUGGUAUGAAAUUAAGAUCUACAGAAGUUUCGCACAUGUUAAUUAAAAGGGAAUUGAUAAACGAACUACACUAAUUUUUUUUUUUUUACGAACGUGCAGAACUUGUAAGACAUCUUGUGUAAGAUGUUGAGUCAAGAUAGAUUGUACUCUUAAUUUCGUGACGUACAACGGAUUUCUAUUGAGGUAGCAGUGACAAAAAUCGAAACGAAAUCAGGUGGUCUAUAAGGCUCUAUGUAGUUAGGCUGUAUAAAUAACGGUAUAUAUUAUUGUAACUGUAUGUGUAUCUUUAAUAUUUAAGAUAUGAGUUUUCCGCUGCAAAGAAAUUAUGGAGAAGUUUAUGGGUAAUGUUGUAGAAUGUGUAAUAUACUUACGAUUCUGCAUAAUUCGUAAUCAAAUAUAAUAUUAUGAAAACUUAGUUAUUAAUCCAUACUUGGUACAAAUUGCGUAAUUAAGAUAAAUUCCCUAAUUAGGAUGUUAAAAUCAUUUUCAAACAUUAUAAUUAUUUUUGUUCCUUCCUUUCUUUUCCCACUUCUUUUGUUAUACUUAUCUUCAUCGUACUUUUUAUCCUGCCUUAAAUACAUUGUUUUUUAUAAGGAUGUUUUAUAAUUAGUUACCUUAACUUUGCAGCGUGAAAAUUCAAGUAAUUGUUUUAUUAUAUAAUUUUUAGUUGUACACAAACUGUAUAAUUUAUAAACAUUAAGGGGGAUCUAUAGAUACACUCCUAGUUGACAAGUUAAUCAGAAAAGAAAAUAUUUUUUAUGUUAAAUCGAGCUGUGAAUACUACUGAAUUAAAUUUAAGUAUAAAUAAUACAUUUUCAUGGCUCUUAGCCUUGGUAUAAGUAUUAGAAAUACUUUUAUAUCAAAGUAAUAAAUGUUAAACAACCAAUAGAUAAUUUAAAAAAAAUGAUCUCUUAAUAUUUUUCCAAAUUUUCAUUUCGUUCAUUUGUUUUUUAGUUCACGAUACGUAUUUUACAGAUUCUUAAUUCAUCAUAUUUUUCGUUUGUUUCUUUUACGACUUCAAACAAAAGUACUUGUCUUGACAAAUUCAUUCGCACAAUUUAAUGUUUUUUCGUUAUCUUUAAUAUUUAAUACAUUUUACUCCAACAUGGUUACUGUGUGUAUUAUAAUCAUCCUUAUAUUUAUACAAGAACUUAUGUGUGAAAUAGAAUAUUAAAUUUUUACCAUACGUAGAUAAUUAUUGACGAUUAACCUCUACUAUUUUUUAUUGGAUCCCCGUUAAUGUACUUUUAUAAAUAGAAUAAAAAGCAAUAUAAAUUUAUUCUUAAACAA